UCUGUCAACGAGGCUAUGGGAUUAAUUCGGUGCGACCAUAGUAGAACUAUUGAAUACAGUUUUUGGUGAGAGAUUGAUUGCCAGAAGUAUGGUGGGUUACACUAAGCCCACGGCGACCAAUCCUAUGCCCCAGAGAUCCAUCUCCCUUUCGACUUGCUCAUCAGGUUUCCUGAAUCCUUUGCCGCCUUCUUGUCUUAGAUUUCUCACUAUUUGCCUCGUCUGUAUCUACCUAGUCCAACACGAUGCCUGUUCAACCAUCCAUAACACCUGACCACAAAGAGAGAAUCGCUCAAGCUCUCAGAGAGGUGGCGGCAGAUGGCUUUAAGUUCCUCGACGGUGACUUGGAGGCACGCGAGAAGCUAAUCGCGAGCGCAAGGGAGCUUGUAACUACUGCAGAAACUCCUGUUGAGACGCUCUUAUGGAACGUUUGGGCGCAGCCAACUCGAGUUGUUGCGGCACGUGUUGCCGUAGACUUGAAAAUUUUCGAGACUGCCAUGAAGGAUAACGGCCAGCCUAAGACAAAUGAGGAUCUUGCAGCUGCAACAGGAGCAUCACCCGCCCUCGUUAAGCGUAUUGCCCGAGCUUGCGUCUCUAUGCGUAUGCUCAACGAGCAGGGACCGGGACUCUAUGUACCAAAUGCCCUUACUGCCCUCCUGUCACAGCCAGAAUAUGCAUCUGGCAUUACCUUUUCCUUCGAUAUCACACAGACGUCCUUUGCGAAGAUGCCCACCUACCUCCGGAACACUGGGUUUCAAAACCCCCAGAACGCUCUAGAUGGGCCAUUUCAAUAUGCCAAUAGCUAUGGCUCUGCCUUUACUUGGCUGACUGAUCACCCCGAUGUAUUUAAGGCGUUCCAUAGCUACGUACAUGCGCUUAGACUCCACCGACCGAGUUGGUCUGAUAUGUACCCUGUGCAAGAACGUCUUAUCAAAGGUCUGAAGAGCAACGGCGAUGCAUCUGCUUUCGUUGAUAUCGGCGGCGGCACCGGCCAAAUUUUGCAGGACUUCCAUGCCAGUGUGCCCCAGUACACCGGCAGGCUCGUCCUCCAAGAAAUCCCGGAUGUGAUAACGGCAGCGACAGCCAUGGGAGUAGGAGAUGAUGGCAUCGAGUUGCAAGUGCAUGACUUCUUUACGCCGCAGCCGAUCAAGGGGGCGCGUGCCUACUUCAUGCGCUCUGUACUCCACGACUGGCCGGACGAGCAAUGCCGCAAGAUUCUGGGUCAUCUAAAGGAUGCCAUGGAACCGGGAUACUCGAAAAUUCUUAUUAGCGAUUGUAUCGUUGCAGACGAGCAAGCUGCCUGGCAGCAUAUUUCGCUUGACCUUUUCAUGAUGGCUCAGGUAUCCUCUCAAGAACGUACUAAACGGGAGUUGUACGCACUUAUCGAGAGUUGUGGCCUGAAGGUUACCGGGGUCUAUAACAAGGGCCAGGGGAAUGAAGGUUUGAUUGAGGUUGUUAUUUGAAGAGUGCGGAUAUUUCACCGCUGUUCUCAGCCCUAUGGUUUCGUAAAACAUUGGUUUAUAUAAAUGUUAGAUUGUUCUUAUCGCAUGCAGUUGUUACGAACCC